AUGUCUGACAAGGAUCCCAACGCGGAGGGCGAAGAAGGAGAAGGUGAGGAAAAUGAAAAACAGGCUGAAGAGCAGGAGCCUGAAAUGUAUGAAGGUAAUGAAGAGGAAUUCGUGGAAGAAGAGUCUAUCCUCACAGAAUAUGACUACGAUGAUUUCAUUUCUGAAGCAGUUACUACGCCACAUUCUUCUAUACCGAUCGAUAUGUUCGAUUUUGAACAUUCUUACGGCUACAACUGUCACAAGUUCUUCAAUCUAUGCGCGUGCGAUGACUCGGUCGUGUGCUGGUCGGCUGGCAGCAUUAUUACUUUUCUCGACGUCAAUACGAAGCAGACGUGGUUUCGCCGCAGCACCACUGGAGGAACAGUCGGGAGUCUAACGUCCUACAGAACAGACCCUUAUUAUCGCAUAGCGAUAGCAGAGGAUAGAGAGGGGGAACGUGAACCACUGAUAAUGUUAUAUACGUGGCCUCAAAUGGAAAUAGACGCAGCCCUUCGUGAUGGAACUACUAAUGCUUAUGCCAUUUUGGACUUCAGUCCAGACGGUCUGCUAUUAGCCUCAGUGGGAAAGGAACCAGAUUACAACAUUACCAUUUGGAACUGGAGACGACACAAGAUUCUUCUACGCACUAGCGCCUUCACUUACGACGUUAACGCGGUCAAGUUCUCGCCCUACUGUGAAGGACAACUUACUACAGCAGGUGCCGCUCAUAUAAAAUUCUGGAAAAUGGCUGAAACGUUUACUGGACUGAAACUGAAAGGCGAACUUGGCAGAUUUGGCAAGACAGAGAUCUGUGACGUUCUCGGCGUUUAUCCAAUGCCUGAUGAAAAGGUAUUAUCUGGAUGUGAAUGGGGCAAUAUAUUAGUGUGGGAAGCAGGCCUCGUUAAACUAGAAGUCACACAGAAGGGAAGAAAAUUCUGUCAUAAAGCACCCAUUAUCCAAUUUAUGCUAAGCCCAGCUGGUGACGAAGUGACAACUAUAGCUCGCGAUGGAUGCAUCCGUGCGUGGUAUUGGGAUACCGUGGACCAAGCUGAUCCACCCGAAGAUGACCCUUACGUGGAACUUAACCCUGUUGCUGAGACUUGCGUUCCUGGUUGCGAGAUCAUGUGUCUAAAACAUAAAAAAGACACUUUUUGGUACGCCCAAGACGGCAAGGGUGGCGUUUGGGUUGUGGAACUCGAUGUUGAUAAAAUAGAUUGUAAUCAUCGGAAGGUUACUACUUCUCAUUCUGGGGGUGUCGUUGCUAUGGCUGCUAUAAGGACACAUCCCAUCCUGAUCACAACUGGAGAAGAUGGUGCUUUACAUGCUUAUAAUACACGAAAGCACACUCUUCUGGCUCGAUAUAUUUUCCCGAAACCUGUUACGUGUCUACUUUACCCACCUACAGACGUGGAUGAAACCUCUCAUAUCUUAAUAGUGGGUUUUGAAGACGGUAUAAUGCGCACGUUGCUGCUACAUCCGGAAAGACUUGAAGGUCAGAAAACUAUGAUCGACAUUCGGAUAGAUUCAGUACUCACUAUUCAUAGCGAUGAGUCUGACGAAGCUGACGUCUUGGAUUUGAUAUCGUUAUUAAAACCACACUCAAAAGCGAUAACGCAAAUAUCAAUAAACGCACAGCGCACUAUACUGGUGACUUGUGGGCAGGACAGCACCAUAUUUAUGUACCAGUUGAAUUUAGGCACUCCCUUCGAACUUCAGAGAGUUGGUUUCAUUGAAACUCCAAAUAAUAUCGCUUUCAUUACAUGGAAACCUAACACGGACCGCACACUUUUGCUCUGUGGUCAAUUGGGACUCAUAAUGGAGGCGACUUUACCGUUGCCCGUAGUGCGCCCGUACGCCGAUAUUUCAACUUUUAAAUUAGAAUUUCAAUCCUAUAAAGAAUCAUUGGUGAAAAAGCAAUUCAUGCGCCACAGGCCUUUCCCAGAACCGGAAGAUCUUGCAAGCAUAGAUGAAGAAACUUUGAAAGCACAGGCUGCUAUAGGAGAUGAUGAUGAACCAACUGAGUGGAUCGGCGAAAUAGAACUAAUGGAAAGCGAGAGCAUGCUAGGAACAACAAUUACUUGGGCCGAAUACUGCCAUGAAGGCAUCUGGAUUGUUCAGCAAGGUACAGGAGCUUUGCUUCUUAUCCAGCCUGGAACCAACAAAAUCCUCAAGUACGCUCCUUUCAUCGGAGCUUGGUGUGAAGAUAUGACUUCUCUGAAAUUUGUAUGCGACGGGAGGUACUUGGUAGUUGGAACAAACAGGGGAUAUAUCCGAGUGGUGCGCAUGCCAACUGAAGAGGAAGAUAAUCCUCAACAUCACUUCAGAGUUUGGAUGGCUGCCCAGCAGAAACUAUUACGAAGCUUGAAAGGUCGUCGAUUAGCUAAAGAAGAGAAACAACCAAUACCUCGUAUAGACUUCAUUGACAGUUACUAUUUACCGAUGCACGAUCAAUACACUGGGCGUAUUACAUGUCUGGAAUUUAGCCACAAUUCAAAAUACCUAUAUUCUUCUGGGGCUGACGGUAAUAUUUUCUCUUAUAGAGUAAAUUUUCCAGAACGACUGCUACCGAAGCAGAUACUGCCAUACCCUCCAGACUCGAUGACAGUUACCAAAUUAAAAGAGCCUAGCACAGUAGAAGGUGAAUUGAUGUCCCACGAACAGCUAAAGCAGAAAGAGGAAUUUGACAAAAUGAUGGCCAUUGCAAACGCACAUAAAAAGAAAGUUCGAGAACAACUGGCUGUAAUCACAACUGAGUACAGCAAAUUAAUAAAAGCGAAUCGAGCAUUACCUUUUUCGCAACAAAUAGACGUAACCCUAGACCCCCGUCCCCUGAAAGUUCAAGAAAGAGAAUUGGAUGAUGCUAAAGCUCUGACAAUCAGAAAAUUAGCCCAUCAACUGGAAGCUUCUGAUUUGGGAUUAGAAAAGAUGUAUUCAAGGAAUAUUAUACAGCUCGACGUAUUUCCUUUUAGUGUGAGGGCAAUAAGGGAGCCUGAAAUGAUACUAAGAACUCUACGCCAAAAGAAUCUCUCCAAAGCAUUCUACGCGCAACUUGAUGAAGUGUACCAGAAGUUAGCUGAAGCUGCUUUGAAAGGAAGGCGAACGGAGUCACAGAUUCGUCGAGUAGCGGCUCGCAGGGCGUCAUACGGUCCUCCAAGGGUUGCUUCGUUCUUACUAGGCCUUCCACCAAAACCACCAUACCCUCUUAAGAAAGCUCUCAGAAAUUACCACAUCCGCCUGAACAGACAUCAUAAUCAAUUUAUUGAGUGGCAAAAUCAUCUCAAUCUAAAACCAGACCCAAACGCGAUGCCUCCGGGGGCAGCCGAGGCAUUGAAGGAAGCUGAGGCAAGCAUCGGUAACCGCAUACUGAAAACACAUCCUGACUAUGUGGCACCGCCUGGACACAAUACUCAGUUACGUGUCUGCCUAAUACGGAAAGAGAUAUAUGAUAUAAAACACGAAUUCAAUGAGAAAGUGCUUGAACUAAGGAACCGAAAAGUUCAGAUGGUGGCGCGUAUGAAGGAGAUCGGGGAGCGGUUGUCAGAGAUCCGCAUAGAGAUACCAGCCAAGCUUGUGAAAACUCCUCCACCACUGCCCCCGUUCGACGUCGAACUUGAGUUCCCUGAAAGGCAUCUGGAAGUAAAACCGGAGCCUAUACAUACACAUGGUGGUCGCGCACCAACGUCAAAAAAAUCACAACAAGUUCAGGAGCGAAGAAGAAUGUCUCAAAUGCACCAAGCAGCCAGAGUACGCGCACCAAGGGUUGAAAGCUUCGUACCGAUUACUGUAACACGCCCUCUGGUUGCUUCUUGGGAACUUCUGAGAGUUAGGCAAGACCAGGAAUCCACGGAGAUUGAGAAUGAAAUUCGAGAGAGACGCAUUGAGAGGCAUCUUUUUGAACAAGAUAGGCUACUAGUGGAGGCAGAAGCUGCAGUUACCCAAUUUGAUGCGCGGUUAAAAGAGUUACAGCGUACGCGCAUAAGAGUUCAGGAAAAAUCGCAACUGCUGGAGAUACACUUGUGCCAGUUGCACAGAGAAAUGAAUGUCUUGAACCGCUUCGAGAUGCAUGAGGACCGAUUAGCUGAACGAGUUUACUCAAAAUUAAUGCAGGUCCGAGGCGUUCAAGAACAGAUAAGCGAAUGCGAGCAUCGCAUCGAAGAGCAUAAGGCAGAGAAAGACAACAUCAAUGCUGCUUGUGAGGAGUUGCAGAGGAAGUUCAAGAGACUGGUGCAGGACAACAAGUUCGCUGACUUCUUGCGCAGAAUAUUCAAGAAGAAGUACCGCGCGCCCCGACUUCACGAUGAUGAUGAAUCUUCUGAAUCGGAGUCAUCAUCAUCAUCGAGCGACGAAGAAGAUGAAGGCAGUUUGGACAGUCGAGACAUUGGUCCCAUACGCCUGGAUCCCAAUAUCUGUCCCGAAGGCUGCGAACAGGAAACUUACGAUCUAACAUACGAAAUGAGAGGUGACAGACAUAAGCUUGAACAAAAUAUAAUGGAGCAAGACCGUUUGGUUGAGCUUUUAAAGCGGGACAUUGAGGCACAUAACAAGGUUAGGCGGAAGUUGUCUGCGCAACUGGAUCAAAGAAAAAAUGAUUUGAGGGAAUUUAUGCUGGAAAAGCAGAGUUGCCUGAACGAUGUGGAGACGGUAGUGGUCCUUCGUUAUGAUCAAAUUAGAGCGGCAGCUAUAAGCGGGUGCACCGGUGCUAAGGGCCUGUCGCAGGCUGUGGUGUUCCCUGAAGCAUUACUCACCCGACUGAGGAAGAGAGUUUUGGAACUACAAGAAGAGAUCAGGCAGCAGAGGUUAAGGCAGAAGAUAAACCGCACUCACCUGUUCCGCAUGAACGUGGACUUGCGCGCGAUGGAGGCGGAGGCGACGGACCUGCGCGCGCAGAUGCGAGACGUGCUCACGCGCAAGCUGGGCAAGCCACGCAAGGUGGACCGCACAUUGGACGACCUGCUGCGGCAGAUGGCGCGUCGCCACAAGUACUCGCUGCGGUACGGCGCGCUGCCGCACGUGCGCGCACAGCUUAAGACCUGGAGCGAGCGCAUUAGCGAGCUCGAAAAGAAAUAUCUAUCCUCUAUGAACAACUAUUCCGAUCGCCUCCGGUUGGCUGCAGCACUGCAAUCGGAAGCGCUACCUUACACGAGCCCCCAAACUAUUGCUGAGAUGUGUGGAGGAUACAACUUAGAACAAUAUCAGCGUGACGUCAUGCGUCUCCUUAUUAUAAGACAACGACAGAAGCAACAAAUAAAGGAACUGCAAGCGGAAAUCUUAAGUCUUCGCCAGAAGCCGUUAUCAACGAGGAGCCCACCGCCAUCUUACAGACCAAUGGAACCGGAGCCAUCGGACAUUUAUCUAGUGAUGGCACCUCGUGCUCGUCAGGAACAUAAAAAAUACUUUCCCAUAACACCUUUAAUUUCAAAAACGGAAAUGACAGAAAACGUAACAUCAAUGAUGUUACUAUUCGACUGCCUCGACGCAAUGCGUUUAUCGCGGGAUGAAGCUGAGCUCCUGCUCAAAGAUGUCAUGACCAUGCUGCCUGACGUCAUGACUGGACAGUGUUCUCGCUAUGAUUUGGUGGAUGCUGUUGUACGCAAGUGGCAGCUAAAAGCUGGCGGUGAUCCGAGAAACUACAAGCAGCAGACUAGAGCAUUUGACGCUUUAGCGGCUUUAGUUGAUCUCCUCGUAAAGCAACAAGUAACUAUGGAAUCUCCGGAGUCUGUGAUGGACAGUCUGGAAGGUGCUCUCUCGGAGUUGGUGGAAGAGCAUGAACGACUUGAGGAGCGCCUCGGGCCUGCCAUCGCUGCGCUCAUGCACUCCGCUCAUUUCAAAGAUAUAGACGAUCCUGAGACGUUGGCGUCUCUCGUGAAAUCAUUAGUGGACGAAAACCAUCCUAUCACCAACGAUAGCCUCGAAAGAAUCUGUUCUUUUGACGUCAUAGAAGAUAUCAAAGACUGCGGUGUUGACAUGCCAGAAGAAGAAAUAAAGAGGUUUGUUGCCAGAGCGAUAGAAGCUCUACAGGCACAGAUAAUAGAGCCAGAGGAACAGCAAGAGAUCACUGAAGAAGUGCAAAGAGCAAUGCAAGCCAGUGCCAUAGAUGCGAUGACGAAAGUAAGUGUCAUCGCGAAGCGACCAAGUCGUAAAUCGUCUGACAUCACGAUUAAACGCAAAUCUCAGGGAGAGUUUAAACCCAUUCUGAGCACGGGUUCAGCGGUCUCCUCCGACCGUAAAACCUUAGGCCGAGUCUCUAUAGGCACGAAAACCCCAAUGUCAAUGGCUUCCGACGACGAAGACGUAGGGCCCAAGUCCAAACGUAGUACCUUGACAACUUCCGAACGACAGUCUUUAGUGAGCCGUGUGUCUGCAAGUAUUAUAGGGCCAGGAAGACAAAGCCAAUCCGGUGGUGUCAGUCGAUCUUAGAAAUCUCUCGCAGGAUUUCCUACUAGAAAUAAUGUGUUUGAAAAAUGAUGUAUGUGAGUUCUCAUUAAAUAUUAAGAAAUGUC